AGCACCCGUUGCCUGUUGGCCAAAACAAACCCUAGCAAAGCCCUCCCCGCCCGCCUCCGCCGCCGCCGCACCGCGAGCGAGGUCAGGCGAGCGAGCGAGCGAGCGAGAAGCCAACCGUCCAUCCCCGGCGCCGGCGGCGAGAAUGGGGCGAGAAAAAACCCGGAGGCUCUCCGGCAGCCGCCACUUCCGGCAGCGGAUGGUGCUGGCGACGCUGACCUCCGCCCCGGUCACCAUCGUCGACAUCCGCGCCGACGGCACGCCGGGCCUCCGGGAGCACGAGGUCUCCCUCCUCCGCCUCAUCGACAAGAUCUCCGACCACAGCGACAUCGAGAUCAACGAGACAGGGACCAAGCUGAGGUACAAGCCGGGGGUGAUCAUCGGCGGGAAGGACCUGGAGCACGACUGCGGCCUGCAGCGCGGGAUCGGCUACUUCCUCGAGCCGCUCAUACUGCUCGGCCUUUUCGGCAGGUCGCCCCUGUCCAUCCGGCUCAAAGGAAUCACAAAUGACACAAAGGACCCUUCUGUGGACACUUUUCGGAUGGUCACAUUGCAUAUGCUCAAGCAUUUUGGUGUUCCUCUUGAGGGGCUGGAGCUAAAAAUUGAAAGCCGGGGAGCUUCUCCUCUUGGUGGCGGUGAAGUGCUUCUUCGAGUUUCCAAUAUAAACAGCACCUUGACGGCAGUUAAUUGGGUUGACGAAGGCAUGGUAAAGAGGAUAAGAGGUGUAACAUUCUCCACCAGAGUAUCUCCACAGAUUGAAAACCGUAUCCUCUAUGCUGCCCGUGGACUCUUCAAUAAGUUCAUUCCUGAUGUUCAUAUAUUCACUGAUCAUAGAUCGGGUGCAUCUGGUGGAAGGUCAGCAGGCUAUGGUGUAUCUGUUGUUGCUGAGACCACAACAGGCUGUUUAAUUUCUGCAGAUGCUACUGUGAGUCAUACCAAUGUUGACGAAUUAAGUACUGAAUCUGAGAAGCCCGAGCUAAUGUCUCCAGAGGAUCUUGGUGAACAAGUUGCAUCAAUGCUGCUAGAAGAGGUGGCUCAAGGAGGAGUUGUUGACUCAACACAUCAGGGCCUUCUGUUUAUGCUUUGCGCUCUAUGCCCGCCUGAUGUGUCAAAGGUCCGUGUGGGACAACUGACACCAUAUGCCAUAGAAACACUCCGAAACAUCAGGGAUUUCCUUGAUGUCAAGUUCAUCAUCAAGCCCGACCCCAAUUCAAACACAGUUACAUUGAAAUGUGUUGGUGCGGGAGUAAAGAACCUUGCUCGUAAGAUUUCAUAAACAGAAGGAUCACAAAUCUCAUCAAGGAUGGGCGGAUGCAGCAGUGUUUUGCAAUUGCAACACAACAAUUUUCAUAGCCGAUGUUGUAGAAGUUAUGUUGCAAGGUAGUUUUGAUGUAAGCUAUUUGUUCUGGAAUAUAUUUGCCUGAUCAUAGUAUUUGUACACUCAACUGUAUCUGAUAUUCUCAUCUGUCCAAUAGAACAACUGCUCUUCGGCUUC